AUUACUAUUAAGUCCAAAAAAAACAAGAAUAACUAGAUAAGAGAUAGAGAGAGAUUCGUUGCUUUAUGGCGAAGAAACCAAACUCAUACUAUUAACCUCCAAUCCAAACAAAUCCCAAACAUCCUGUCCUCAAUCAAAUUACGACAACAUACAACAUCUUCAAACUAGUAACUUGAAGCAUAACAUCAACAUAAACCAAAUACGAACCAUAAUCAUUAAAAAGAGGAGGAAGUUUGAAGCCGAGACUCGAAUCAAAAUUGCGGCACUCCUCCCCGCCGUCAGAAACCAUACCUCGUGGCUGAGCUCACACGCGCGACCACCGCAUCUGGCCGGCUCUUCGACGUCCACCGUUCAUGAGUCCCGUCGCGGAAGUGCCCCCGCCGCAUCGCAUCUUCGGGUGCGUUCAAGCCAUGGUCGUUCUUCCGGUUCCGGUAAGUACUGUUCUGUAUUGUAUCUCCUUGUUCAUUUUUGAUGGGGUAACAUAAAUUGAUGAAAGUAUGAAUGUUGUGUGAUUGAGAUAUUUUUUGGAUCUAAUUUGAAACAAGUGAGAGAGGAGACCGUAAAAUUUGAAGAAGAAAUAGAUCUUUUUUUUUACUGAACGUAAAUAUUCGGGAUUAGUAAUGUGUGGUUCUGAUUUCAUUUUUUUAUAUUAUCUAAAUUCCACAUGGCGUCACUCUAUAGGACCUUAACUUUGGUUUGAAAAAGUCAAUAAUUUAUUUAUUAAUCAUUCAUGGUUAUUGUAAUUAUUAGAUAUUAAUUAAAAAAAAGUUUGUUUAAAAUCUAACCUAAAAAAUUUUGUAACACGUGACACUGGAAAUUAGUAGGACUAGUUUUCUUGUUCAUUAUUUAUUAAAUUAAAUCAUCAUAUUUUAUUUUAUUAUUUGUUUGAUAUUUAAAUCUAAUUAGGUUUGAUUAAUUAAUUAAUUUAUUUUAAUUAAAAUUAUUCAAAACAUGAAAACAACAAAUAAAUACAAUAUAUUAAAAUACAAAUAAUAUACUUUUAAUCUCCGCGGGUAAAUCUCAAACAUGUUCAAUCAAACAUUAUCUUAAAAUCAAUUAAGUCAAUAUUUUAGGAAUAACUCGAUGAAUGAGUGGCAAUCUCACCGCAUCUUCGAAUUGGUCGACUCUCGAUGUCGCACCAAUCAAAUAUCUAAAACACAAUUAAAAAUUCAAAAUACAACUAUUCUAAUUCAAUUAAAAUUCUUAAUCAAUUAUCUAAGUAUUAAAACAUAAAAAAAAGGGAUUAUAUGCAAAUUUCUUUUAACUACGAAUCUACGUAAACCACGAACUGCGUACACUUCAAAACACCACAACGAUUCAAAUAAUCAAUAAAUCAUAUAAUCCCAUAAAAAACACCAACAAACACUACGAACUACGUUGACUCUGAUCCUCCAUUAAGGAGGUACGUAGGCAUUUGGACAACCGAAACGAGUCCCCUUCCCCAAAACUAAGUAGGUUUGAGAUUUUAUUCUCUACCCUAUUGUAUACCUUUAACCAUAACUUGUUUUUUAUAAACCUUACCAUAAUACUCUUACAAGCCUCAGAGACAUUUAGAAAACCUUAAGGAAGGGUCAAGGGUGCCUAACACCUUCCCUCGACCCUAAUUUCUCAACUUACCUAGAAACUCUUCUUUAGGUUUUUAUCCCAUGUUUACCCUUAUCUUAGGAUAAAAUAAAAACAUAGGUGGCGACUCUGUAUCUUUUAAGUUAGAAGCUUAAAAUUUUAAAGCCGGUCGUAACAGCUGGUGACUCUACUGGGGACCCUUAGGGCAGAGAAGCACUUAAGGUUUAGGGCAUGUCUCUUUUUGUUUUUAGGGUCUAUGGGGUUAUUUAUUUUAUGUUUUUUUUUAUUUGGCAAAAAUAAAUAUUUUUAUUAUAUUUUGUUAUAUAAUGGCCUGCUUAUGUUUAUAUUUUUUCUUAUUUAAUAUUGGGGAAUUAUCAUAUAUGUGUUUGUUAAACCUUAAGUGUGGGAAGUGUCACUAAGUAAGAGGAGACUUGCAUCGCCUACGAGCUUUAGUGACAAUUCCACUCAGAGUGGGUUGAAUUCCGAGAAAUAUCUUAGACGAGGCUAGACCUUGUCGAGGGUAGGAUGCAGAAUUUGGCUGAUCUCUCUGGGAAACUACCCCUAAAAUUCAAACCUCAUGGACAAAAGAGUCCUUCUAAAAAUCCAAAGAAACAAGAAGUUUCGGAGGAUAUGAAGGGCCCCAUGAGACCCUUAGAAUUAAACCACCUUUGGGAAGGGUAGAAAUUCUGUAGGACGAACUUAUGAACCUACGUACUAAGGUAAUUAUAUCAUCCCAUCCAUCUUGGGAAACCUUCCCGAGAAGGACUUUGUUUUGUAAGCCUAAGUCUACAUAGGAUCACCUCCCACGAUUAUCAUCCCUUAGACUCAUAAGGAUAUUAUUUCGCUUAACCUGGAUCCCUAGCCUGUAGGGAUUCCCUUUUAAUCUGACAUUGUCUAUAAGACCUCUCAGAUUUUGGUUUAAGUGGAUGUUCCUCCGUCCCCGAAUGCGUAACAUGUGGCCUCAUGAUGGCCACGUGAUGAGGAGACUCUUGAUGGAUCCCCGAGCGCUCGCAUACCGCGUAUCCUCAAUCAAUAUUCAAACCUAGUCAUUCGUUCGUUAGACUUUGAAUCCACACCCUCAGAUAUUUAUUCUGAGGGCCAUUAGAUUUGAAGUGAGCCGUCCAUGGGAUUUAUUAACGCCAAUAGGCAAUCCAAGCCAUCCGUUCAUUAGACUUUGAAUCUACGCCCUCGGAUAUCUAUUUUGAGGGCCAUUAUAUUAGAAGCGAACGACUCAUGAGAUCUGGUGACCAUCUUUAACGGUCACCAUGUGUUCUUUCCCACGCAUUCCCUAGCUUGUAGGGGUUUCCUUUGUUUAUUGCAAUCCCUAGCCUAUAGGAAUUCCUUUUGAAGAUCUUGUUCUUCCCAUGAAGGACAUCUUCGUUAAUGCACGUCACAUGGCCUCCCGACGGCCAUGGGAUCUGGUGUCUGUUGAACAGUCACCAAAUGCUAUCUUCUACGCAUUCCCUAGCCUGUAGGGAUUUCUUUUAUUGUGUCAUAGUCGCUAGCUUGUAGGGAUUUCCGUCUAUCUAGAAUAAUCCUUAGCCUAUGUUGGUUUCUUUCCUCGUACCACACAUUGUCUUACAUUCAUACAUUUGCAUUUGCAUUUCCACCAUCGCCUGUGUCCAAUAUUUGCUAUGCUAGCUGAUUUCCCAAGACCCGUGAAGAAACUCGAAAGGUCUUAAAUUGUGGAGAGAGGAAAAUUAACUAUUGGAGAUUCAAAUGAGUUUGGUCCUACGAAUAGAAAAAGCCGCCCUUCACUAUACAAGCUACAUGCUUACGCCUACACAUACGCCCCAAAUUCAAUUAUCAUUGGAGAUUCCCCUGCAUCGAGAUCAACUGCCUUCUCAACAAAAUUGGUAUGCCCAAGGAGAAUAAAAGAUCACCCUUUACUUCUACAAGUCAAAGAACUAAGAAGUAAAACAAAGUCAUUGGAUCAACAAAGGAGAAUGUUCAUAGGAUCAAUAGGUUUUGUCAUCUCAAAUUGUAAUUUAUAUGAUCGCUAAGUGUUAUUUGGUAUAAACGUUGUACUUUUCGAUCAAUAAUUCUAAUAAAAUAAUCAUGCAUGUUUUGAAUGAAAUCCAUUUGUUUCACUCUUUCAUAUAUGUGAAUAUCAAUACUUUUCCAUUGCAAUUAUCAACUUUCCACUUCCAUUUUAACAAACUUCAGGGAGAAUGACGAAUUAAAAUGACUAAAAUUUUGCUAAACGUACGCUUUCAAUGUAAGACCGAGCUGAUGAUGUAAGGCAUUGUUUCAAAAUCCUAAACAGUGGAGAAAUAAGGAGAUAAUCCGUAGUCAACCCCCUCGAGCCAAAAGUUGGAGUUGUUUCUAUUUUUUCAAAUAAACCUUACUUUUAACCAGGGGCAGGUAGAUUUCAAUUAAUUCAAUGGUGCAUUUUAUUCUCAGGAGAAUUGGUAAAUUAAAGCAAUGGUUCAAGCACAUUUGUUUCCUCACAUCCAUGAUCAAUGAAUUAAUAAGGACAAAGCUUACAAUAAUCAAAGUCAACACGGCAGUCACAACGUUCAAAAUCAAAAAAGAAAAAUUUCAAAAGAACAAUUCUAAGAAAAGAAAGCCCGCUAAGUUAAAAAAUAAAACUUAGGCAAAAAAAUCAGGGCAUCCCGAUGGACCGCAAAUUCGAAAGAAUUGGUUCAUGCAAAAAUAAGGGAUUAAAAACAAGGAAAUUAGAGAAUAAUCUCGUGACUGCCAUCUCAAAAAUCAUCAAAAGCUUCUUAUCAACGCUUGGAUCUUAUUAAUGCUCUUCAUUGGCGCUUGAAUCUUUAUCAAUACUACGACUACGAAAAAUUCUCUUGCAAACUGAAUGCAUUCAUUGGAUUAAGUGGAUUUUAGGAUUGGAGAAAAUCAAGGAGAAUUGGGUGGGUUUAAAUAAAUUUUGAGCCUUAUAUCCUUUGUUUCUUAAACCGCGAACCAAGGCCACAUUACAACCUGCGAAAGUCCUAAUUGAAGCUAGGUCGACUAUGAAAGCAUAUUAAGCAUAAUUUGUGUUAUACUGACUCCUGUGUUUGUUAAAUUAUUGCUAACCACUUCGUUUCUUCAAACAUCCAUCUCUAAUCAUCCAUCUUUAUUUCAUAACGAACUUCAAUUUCAAAACUGGCAUGUGCAUAACUAAGAAUUACUUUUCAAAGGGUACGACUUUAUCUACAAAUAAAUACUUAGCAUGAAAGAAAUCUCGAAAUUGGUUUAACCAAAGGCGAUCAUUUCUAACAAAAGACUCUUGAAUGGGGAACCACCUCCAGAGGGUUUUCCUAAACAGGGGCAAAAUCUCAAGGAUUAUAAAGGCAUGCGAUCAAAGAUCCUAUUUACUAGGGGCAUUCUUCCUAAGGUCCAAUUGACUUGGGUCACAUCUCGAAGCAAUCUCAAUCAGGGGCAUGUCAAACAUGGGAGGUAUUUAAACUAAAAGGAUAGAACAAUAUGGAUAACCCUCCAUAUCCUGGAGAUCAAGGGCAUACCCUUCAAUAUAAAAGUCGAAACGUGUGACAAGAUUAUUUCCCGGGGUACUUCCUUCAUAGCUUGAAGAUCAUAAGCAUCUUUUCCCACGAAAAUAUUGGGGCAAUGGAUAUCAAAUCCAUAAGACGCACAGCAAAAGGAAAAGGCAUCCUCACACUUUACAACCUCGAACCAAUCUUCCUCUUAACUACGAUCUUCAAAGUUAAAAAAAAAAACAGGAUUGGGAAGUCGCGCUAACAUCCUAUCGUACAACAUUAGCGAAUUAUAUACGCUUUGGUUAUCAACAACCUAUCAUUGGAGCAUCAUGCAAAUACGUAUAAAUCACGCAUUACAUACAUUGGUUAAUACAUUACACCACAUCUUUUUAGGUAGUCUUCUUUAAGACAAAUCUUACGAUCCUUUAUAGGAACCUUUUCAGGCAGUCUUAUUUAAAACGAAUUGUCAUCCUCUCUUGGAACCUCUUCAGGUAGUCUUCUCUAAGACUUUCUUUUUCUAAGAGCCUUUCUAGGUAGUCUUUUCUAAGACAUUCAUCAUCCUUUCCAGGAACCUCUUCAGGUAGUCUUCUUUAAGACUUUCUUUUUCUUAGAGCCUUUCUAGGUAGUCUUUUCUAAGACAUUCAUCAUCCUUUCCAGGAACCUCUUCAGGUAGUCUUCUUUAAGACAUUCCUCAUCCUUUUCUAAGAACCUCUUCAGGUAGUCUUUAAGACAAAUUUUAUCCUUUCUAAGGACCUUUUCAGGUAGUCUUCUUUAAGACAAAUGUUCAUAUCCAUUCCGGAAACCUUUUCAGGUAGUCUUAUAGAAGACAUUAUUUCACUCCACUCGUUACAUCAAUCAACAUAUGCAUGAUCAUAAGCAUUAUCCCAUACAUCAAAACAUCCAAAUCAUACAAAGUCCAGUUCUCGUCCUAGCAAAUCAUUACAAAGUCCAGUUCUCGUCCUGGCAAAUCCUUACAAUGACCAGUUCUUGUCCUGGCAAAUCCUUACAAAGUCCAGUUCUCGUCCUGGCAAAUUCUUACAAAGUCCAGUUCUCGUCCUGGCAAAUCAUUACAAAGUCCAGUUCUCGUCCUGGCAAGCCAUUACAAAGACCAGUUCUCGUCCUGGCAAAUCCUUAAAAAGACCAGUUCUCGUCCUGGCAAAUCCUUAUAAAGUCCAGUUCUCGUCCUGGAAAAUUCUUACAAAGUCCAGUUCUCGUCCUGGAAAAUUCUUACAAAGUCCAGUUCUCGUCCUGGCAAAUCAUUACAGAGUCGAGUUCUUGUCCUGGAAAAUCCUUACAAAAUCCAGUUCCCGUCUGGUAGUCAGUUCUCGUCUGACUGUUACAUAAAAAUCCAAUUCUCGUUUGGUAGUCAGUUCUCGUCUGACUGUUACUGUAAUAUCCAAUUCUCGUUUGGCAGUCAGUUCCCGUCUGACUGUUAUGUCUAAAUCCGAUUCUCGUUUGGUAGUCAGUUCCCGUCUGACUGUUACAUAAAAACCCAAUUUCCGUCUGGAAAAUUAUUUCAAAGUCCAAUCACACGUCUGCUUCCCGGUAACCUUACCGAUGCCAGUAACCUUACUGAGAUAUCCUUCCCAAUCGCCUGAUCGAUGUUUUCCGGUAACCUUACCGAUGCCAGUAACCUUACUGUCUGUUCAUUUUCCAAUCACCUGAUUGACGUAUCCCGGUAACCUUACCGAUGUUAAGUAACCUUACUAUCUUGAUCUCUUUCCGGUAACCUUACCAACAAUAUUGGCUUUACUAUGUUUUUCAUCUGGUAACCUUGCCAACGCUAGUAAGCCUAUUAUUGUUUAUUUUCACAAAUUAUUUCUAAACUCGGGUCAAAUUUUGGGGUCUUCCGGUAUUUAAUAACCCUUCGAUUCGAACGUGUGAGACCUGCGUAUUCUCACGCCUUUCAAUCGAAGAGUAAUUAAAUAGGGGCAACUGUCAUACCCCAAAAUUUGGCCGCCCAAUUUCAAACAUAUAAAUGAUUUUUUUAAACUUGAGUUUGUAAAUCGUUUAAGUUUAUUCUUAUAUUUUGAGUCAUAUUUAUUUGCAAUUUAAGUUGCCGUUUAAAAAUAUAAAAUAGUUUGAUUUUAAUUAUUUAUAUUUUUAUAGAAAAAAAAACUUGCUUACCUUUCACAUACUUGCAAAAGGCUAUUUAUCUUGAAUGAAUAGCCUAGCAUAGUUGGUAAGGAAUUAGAGCUUGCAAAUCCCAGUUCAUGAGUUCAAAUCCCACCGCCGAGUAGUUAAAAAAAUUAAGAUUUUAAUUAUUAUUAUCUAUUAUCUAUAUUAUUAAUUCUAAAUAACUAUUAAUAUUAGAUUUAAGUUUAUUAUUAUUUUAAAGUUAUAGCUAGGCUAUUAUAGUUAUUAUUAGUACUAUUUCUGUUACAUAAUUAUUAUUAUUACUAUUAAGUCCAAAAAAAGCAAGAAUAACUAGAUAAGAGAUAGAGAGAGAUUCGUUCCUUUAUGGCGAAGAAACCAAACUCAUACUAUUAACCUCCAAUCCAAACAAAUCCCAAACAUCCUGUCCUCAAUCAAAUUACGACAACAUACAACAUCUUCAAACUAGUAACUUGAAGCAUAACAUCAACAUAAACCAAAUACGAACCAUAAUCAUUAAAAAGAGGAGGAAGUUUGAAGCCGAGACUCGAAUCAAAACUGCGGCACUCCUCCCCGCCGUCAGAAACCAUACCUCGUGGCUGAGCUCACACGCGCGACCACCACAUCUGGCCGGCUCUUCGACGUCCACCGUUCAUGAGUCCCGUCGCGGAAGUGCCCCCGCCGCAUCGCAUCUUCGGGUGCGUUCAAGCCAUGGUCGUUCUUCCGGUUCCGGUAAGUACUGUUCUGUAUUGUAUCUCCUUGUUCAUUUUUGAUGGGGUAACAUAAAUUGAUGAAAGUAUGAAUGUUGUGUGAUUGAGAUAUUUUUUGGAUCUAAUUUGAAACAAGUGAGAGAGGAGACCGUAAAAUUUGAAGAAGAAAUAGAUCUUUUUUUUACUGAACGUAAAUAUUCGGGACUAGUAAUGUGUGGUUCUGAUUUCAUUUUUUUAUAUUAUCUAAAUUCCACAUGGCGUCACUCUAUAGGACCUUAACUUUGGUUUGAAAAACUCAAUAAUUUAUUUAUUAAUCAUUCAUGGUUAUUGUAAUUAUUAGAUAUUAAUUAAAAAAAAGUUUGUUUAAAAUCUAACCUAAAAAAUUUUGUAACACGUGACACUGGAAAUUAGUAGGACUAGUUUUCUUGUUCAUUAUUUAUUAAAUUAAAUCAUCAUAUUUUAUUUUAUUAUUUGUUUGAUAUUUAAAUCUAAUUAGGUUUGAUUAAUUAAUUUAUUUAUUUUAAUUAAAAUUAUUCAAAACAUGAAAACAACAAAUAAAUACAAUAUAUUAAAAUACAAAUAAUAUACUUUUAAUCUCCGCGGGUAAAUCUCAAACAUGUUCAAUCAAACAUUAUCUUAAAAUCAAUUAAGUCAAUAUUUUAGGAAUAACUCGAUGAAUGAGUGGCAAUCUCACCGCAUCUUCGAAUUGGUCGACUCUCGAUGUCGCACCAAUCAAAUAUCUAAAACACAAUUAAAAAUUCAAAAUACAACUAUUCUAAUUCAAUUAAAAUUCUUAAUCAAUUAUCUAAGUAUUAAAACAUAAAAAAAAGGGAUUAUAUGCAAAUUGUAAAUUUGUUUAUUUUAAUUACGAAUCUACGUAAACCACGAACUGCGUACACUUCAAAACACCACAACGAUUCAAAUAAUCAAUAAAUCAUAUAAUCCCAUAAAAAACACCAACAAACACUACGAACUACGUUGACUCUGAUCCUCCAUUAAGGAGGUACGUAGGCAUUUGGACAACCGAAACGAGUCCCCUUCCCCCAAAACUAAGUAGGUUUGAGAUUUUAUUCUCUACCCUAUUGUAUACCUUUAACCAUAACUUGUUUUUUAUAAACCUUACCAUAAUACUCUUACAAGCCUCAGAGACAUUUAGAAAACCUUAAGGAAGGGUCAAGGGUGCCUAACACCUUCCCUCGACCCUAAUUUCUCAACUUACCUAGAAACUCUUAUUUAGGUUUUUAUCCCAUGUUUACCCUUAUCUUAGGAUAAAAUAAAAACAUAGGUGGCGACUCUGUAUCUUUUAAGUUAGAAGCUUAAAAUUUUAAAGCCGGUCGUAACAGCUGGCGACUCUGCUGGGGACCCUUAGGGCAGAGAAGCACUUAAGGUUUAGGGCAUGUCUCUUUUUGUUUUUAGGGUCUAUGGGGUUAUUUAUUUUAUGGUUUUUUUUUAUUUGGCAAAAAUAAAUAUUUUUAUUAUAUUUUGUUAUAUAAUUGCAUGCUUAUGUUUAUAUUUUUUCUUAUUUAAUAUUGGGGAAUUAUCAUAUAUGUGUUUGUUAAACCUUAAGUGUGGGAAGUGUCACUAAGUAAGAGGAGACUUGCAUCGCCUACGAGCUUUAGUGACAAUUCCACUCAGAGUGGGUUGAAUUCCGAGAAAUAUCUUAGACGAGGCUAGAACUUAUCGAGGGUAGGAUGCGGAAUUUGGCUGAUCUCUCUGGGAACCUACCCCUAAAAUUCAAACCUCAUGGACAAAAGAGUCCUUCUAAAAAUCCAAAGAAACAAGAAGUUUCGGAGGAUAUGAAGGGCCCCAUGAGACCCUUAGAAUUAAACCACCUUUGGGAAGGGUAGAAAUUUCGUAGGACGAACUUAUGAACCUACGUACUAAGGUAAUUAUAUCAUCCCAUCCAUCUUGGGAAACCUUCCCGAGAAGGACUUUGUUUUGUAAGCCUAAGUCUACAUGGGAUCACCUCCCACGAUUAUCAUCCCUUAGACUCAUAAGGAUAUUAUUUCGCUUAACCUGGAUCCCUAGCCUGUAGGGAUUCCCUUUUAAUCUGACAUUGUCUAUAAGACCUCUUAGAUUUUGGUUUAAGUGGAUGUUCCUCCGUCCCCGAAUGCGUAACAUGUGGCCUCAUGAUGGCCACGUGAUGAGGAGACUCUUGAUGGAUCCCCGAGCGCUCGCAUACCGCGUAUCCUCAAUCAAUAUUCAAACCUAGUCAUUCGUUCGUUAGACUUUGAAUCCACACCCUUAGAUAUUUAUUCUGAGGGCCAUUAGAUUUGAAGUGAGCCGUCCAUGGGAUUUAUUAACGCCAAUAGGCAAUCCAAGCCAUCCGUUCAUUAGACUUUGAAUCUACGCCCUCGGAUAUCUAUUUUGAGGGCCAUUAUAUUUGAAGCGAACGACUCAUGAGAUCUGGUGACCAUCUUGAACGGUCACCAUGUGUUCUUUCCCACGCAUUCCCUAGCUUGUAGGGGUUUCCUUUGUUUAUUGCAAUCCCUAGCCUAUAGGAAUUCCUUUUGAAGAUCUUGUUCUUCCCAUGAAGGACAUCUUCGUUAAUGCACGUCACAUGGCCUCCCGACGGCCAUGGGAUCUGGUGUCUGUUGAACAGUAACCAAAUGCUAUCUUCUACGCAUUCCCUAGCCUGUAGGGAUUUCUUUUAUUGUGUCAUAGUCGCUAGCCUGUAGGGAUUUCCGUCUAUCUAGCAUAAUCCUUAGCCUAUGUUGGUUUCUUUCCUCGUACCACACAUUGUCUUACAUUCAUACAUUUGCAUUUGCAUUUCCACCAUCGCCCGUGUCCAAUAUUUGCUAUGCUAGCUGAUUUCCCAAGACCCGUGAAGAAACUCGAAACGUCUUAAACUGUGGAGAGAGGAAAAUUAACUAUUGGAGAUUCAAAUGAGUUUGGUCCUACGAAUAGAAAAGGCCGCCUUUCACUAUACAAGCUACAUGCUUACGCCUACACAUACGCCCCAAAUUCAAUUAUCAUUGGAGAUUCCCCUGCAUCGAGAUCAACUACCUUCUCAACAAAAUUGGUAUGCCCAAGGAGAAUAAAAGAUCACCCUUUACUUCUACAAGUCAAAGAACUAAGAAGUAAAACAAAGUCAUUGGAUCAACAAAGGAGAAUGUUCAUAGGAUCAAUAGGUUUUGUCAUCUCAAAUUGUAAUUUAUAUGAUCGCUAAGUGUUAUUUGGUAUAAACGUUGUACUUUUCGAUCAAUAAUUCUAAUAAAAUAAUCAUGCAUGUUUUGAAUGAAAUCCAUUCGUUUCACUCUUUCAUAUAUGUGAAUAUCAAUACUUUUCCAUUGCAAUUAUCAACUUUCCACUUCCAUUUUAACAAACUUCGAGGGAGAAUGACGAAUUAAAAUGACUAAAAUUUUGCUAAACGUACGCUUUCAAUGUAAGACCGAGCUGAUGAUGUAAGGCAUUGUUUCAAAAUCCUAAACAGUGGAGAAAUAAGGAGAUAAUCCGUAGUCAACCCCCUCGAGCCAAAAGUUGGAGUUGUUUCUAUUUUUUUCAAAUAAACCUUACUUUUAACCAGGGGCAGGGUAGAUUUCAAUUAAUUCAAUGGUGCAUUUUAUUCUCAGGAGAAUUGGUAAAUUAAAGCAAUGGUUCAAGCACAUUUGUUUCCUCACAUCCAUGAUCAAUGAAUUAAUAAGGACAAAGCUUACAAUAAUCAAAGUCAACACGGCAGUCACAACGUUCAAAAUCAAAAAAGAAAAAUUUCAAAAGAACAAUUCUAAGAAAAGAAAGCCCGCUAAGUUAAAAAAUAAAACUUAGGCAAAAAAAUCAGGGCAUCCCGAUGGACCGCAAAUUCGAAAGAAUUGGUUCAUGCAAAAAUAAGGGAUUAAAAACAAGGAAAUUAGAGAAUAAUCUAGUGACUUCCAUCUCAAAAAUCAUCAAAAGCUUCUUAUCAACGCUUGGAUCUUAUUAAUGCUCUUCAUUGGCGCUUGAAUCUUUAUCAAUACUACGACUACGAAAAAUUCUCUUGCAAACUGAAUGCAUUCAUUGGAUUAAGUGGAUUUUAGGAUUGGAGAAAAUCAAGGAGAAUUGGGUGGGUUUAAAUAAAUUUUGAGCCUUAUAUCCUUUGUUUCUUAAACCGCGAACCAAGGCCACAUUACAACCUGCGAAAGUCCUAAUUGAAGCUAGGUCGACUAUGAAAGCAUAUUAAGCAUAAUUUGUGUUAUACUGACUCCUGUGUUUGUUAAAUUAUUGCUAACCACUUCGUUUCUUCAAACAUCCAUCUCUAAUCAUCCAUCUUUAUUUCAUAACGAACUUCAAUUUCAAAACUGGUAUGUGCAUAACUAAGAAUUACUUUUCAAAGGGUACGACUUUAUCUACAAAUAAAUACUUAGCAUCAAAGAAAUCUCGAAAUUGGUUUAACCAAAGGCGAUCAUUUCUAACAAAAGACUCUUGAAUGGGGAACCACCUCCAGAGGGUUUUCCUAAACAGGGGCAAAAUCUCAAGGAUUAUAAAGGCAUGCGAUCAAAGAUCCUAUUUACUAGGGGCAUUCUUCCUAAGGUCCAAUUGACUUGGGUCACAUCUCGAAGCAAUCUCAAUCAGGGGCAUGUCAAACAUGGGAGGUAUUUAAACUAAAAGGAUAGAACAAUAUGGAUAACCCUCCAUAUCCUGGAGAUCAAGGGCAUACCCUUCAAUAUAAAAGUCGAAACGUGUGACAAGAUUAUUUCCCGGGGUACUUCCUUCAUAGCUUGAAGAUCAUAAGCAUCUUUUCCCACGAAAAUAUUGGGGCAAUGGAUAUCAAAUCCAUAAGACGCACAGCAAAAGGAAAAGGCAUCCUCACACUUUACAACCUCGAACCAAUCUUCCUCUUAACUACGAUCUUCAAAGUUAAAAAAAACAGGAUUGGGAAGUCGCGCUAACAUCCUAUCGUACAACAUUAGCGAAUUAUAUACGCUUUGGUUAUCAACAACCUAUCAUUGGAGCAUCAUGCAAAUACGUAUAAAUCACGCAUUACAUACAUUGGUUAAUACAUUACACCACAUCUUUUUAGGUAGUCUUCUUUAAGACAAAUCUUACAAUCCUUUAUAGGAACCUUUUCAGGCAGUCUUAUUUAAAACGAAUUGUCAUCCUCUCUAGGAACCUCUUCAGGUAGUCUUCUCUAAGACUUUCUUUUUCUAAGAGCCUUUCUAGGUAGUCUUUUCUAAGACAUUCAUCAUCCUUUCCAGGAACCUCUUCAGGUAGUCUUCUUUAAGACUUUCUUUUUCUUAGAGCCUUUCUAGGUAGUCUUUUCUAAGACAUUCAUCAUCCUUUCCAGGAACCUCUUCAGGUAGUCUUCUUUAAGACAUUCCUCAUCCUUUUCUAAGAACCUCUUCAGGUAGUCUUUAAGACAAAUUUUAUCCUUUCUAAGGACCUUUUCAGGUAGUCUUCUUUAAGACAAAUGUUCAUAUCCAUUCCGGAAACCUUUUCAGGUAGUCUUAUAGAAGACAUUAUUUCACUCCACUCGUUACAUCAAUCAACAUAUGCAUGAUCAUAAGCAUUAUCCCAUACAUCAAAACAUCCAAAUCAUACAAAGUCCAGUUCUCGUCCUGGCAAAUCAUUACAAAGUCCAGUUCUCGUCCUGGCAAAUCCUUACAAAGACCAGUUCUUGUCCUGGCAAAUCCUUACAAAGUCCAGUUCUCGUCCUGGCAAAUUCUUACAAAGUCCAGUUCUCGUCCUGGCAAAUCAUUACAAAGUCCAGUUCUCGUCCUGGCAAGCCAUUACACAGACCAGUUCUCGUCCUGGCAAAUCAUUACAAAGUCCAGUUCUCGUCCUGGCAAAUCCUUACAAUGACCAGUUCUUGUCCUGGCAAAUCCUUACAAAGUCCAGUUCUCGUCCUGGCAAAUUCUUACAAAGUCCAGUUCUCGUCUUGGCAAAUCAUUACAGAGUCGAGUUCUCGUCCUGGAAAAUCCUUACAAAAUCCAGUUCCCGUCUGGUAGUCAGUUCUCGUCUGACUGUUACAUAAAAAUCCACUUCUCGUUUGGUAGUCAGUUCUCGUCUGACUGUUACUGCAAAAUCUAAUUCUCGUUUGGUAGUCAGUUCCCGUCUGACUGUUAUGUCUAAAUCCAAUUCUCGUUUGGUAGUCAGUUCCCGUCUGACUGUUACAUAAAAACCCAAUUUCCGUCUGGAAAAUUAUUUCAAAGUCCAAUCACACGUCUGCUUCCCGGUAACCUUACCGAUGCCAGUAACCUUACUGAGAUAUCCUUCCCAAUCGCCUGAUCGAUGUUUUCCGGUAACCUUACCGAUGCCAGUAACCUUACUGUCUGUUCAUUUUCCAAUCACCUGAUUGACGUAUCCCGGUAACCUUACCGAUGUUAAGUAAACUUACUAUCUUGAUCUCUUUCCGGUAACCUUACCAACGAUAUUGGCUUUACUAUGUUUUUCAUCUGGUAACCUUGCCAGCGCUAGUAAGCCUAUUAUUGUUUAUUUUCACAAAUUAUUUCUAAACUCGGGUCAAAUUUUGGGGUCUUCCAGUAUUUAAUAACCCUUCGAUUCGAACGUGUGAGACCUGCGUAUUCUCACGCCUUUCAAUCGAAGAGUAAUUAAAUAGGGGCAACUGUCAUACCCCAAAAUUUGACCGCCCAAUUUCAAACAUAUAAAUGAUUUUUUAUAAACUUGAGUUUGUAAAUCGUUUAGGUUUAUUUUGAGUUAUAUUUUUAUAGAAAAAAAAACUUGCUUACCUUUCACAUACUUGCAAAAGGCUAUUUAUCUUGAAUGAAUAGCCUAGCAUAGUUGGUAAGGAAUUAGAGCUUGCAAAUGCCAGUUCAUGAGUUCAAAUCCCACCGCCGAGUAGUUAAAAAGAUUUAGAUUUUAAUUAUUAUUAUCUAUUAUCUAUAUUAUUAAUUCUAAAUAACUAUUAAUAUUAGAUUUAAGUUUAUUAUUAUUUUAAAGUUAUAGUUAGGCUAUUAUAGUUAUUAUAAGUACUAUUUCUGUUACAUAAUAAUUAUUAUUACUAUUAUGUCCAAUAAAAAACAAGAAUAACUAGAUAAGAGAUAGAGAGAGAUUCGUUCCUUUAUGGCGAAGAAACCAAACUCAUACUAUUAACCUCCAAUCCAAACAAAUCCCAAACAUCCUGUCCUCAAUCAAAUUACGACAACAUACAACAUCUUCAAACUAGUACCUUGAAGCAUAACAUCAACAUAAACCAAAUACGAACCAUAAUCAUUAAAAAGAGGAGGAAGUUUGAAGCCGAGACUCGAAUCAAAACUGCGGCACUCCUCCCCGCCGUCAGAAACCAUACCUCGUGGCUGAGCUCACACGCGCGGCCACCGCAUCUGGCCGGCUCUUCGACGUCCACCGUUCAUGAGUCCCGUCGCGGAAGUGCCCCCGCCGCAUCGCAUCUUCGGGUGCGUUCAAGCCAUGGUCGUUCUUCCGGUUCCGGGUUAGCCAACCGGUCAAAGCUCAAAUGUCCGGUAACCCUAGAAACUCAUCUUUUUUUUUAAUUUUCUUGCUUUAAAUUAUUACUUAUGUCAAACCUCCUUCCUCUGGUGGGGUUUUUAUUAUUGCCUUUUCCCCUUCCCCAUGUUUUAUCAUGUAACUGCUUCGAGCUGCAUUAUAUUACCGCGGGGUUAGUAAUUUAGGGAGUGCAACCUUGAACUGAAUCUAGAAUCACUUAAUUACAAGAUAACUUACUCUGAAUCUGAUCACGUGAUUGUUGCACCCACACACCUUUUAUGGUACCCCUCUUGUUGCAUGUUUCCUAUUGCCUUAUGUUUUUCAGUGCAGAAUAGCCAAUUCCCUCGAAUACGAGGAUACCUCAGCAAUGUUGCCCCCAGUUCAUUCAGAUCAUAAGUCCCUAAUGAUGCUGCCUUCAAUUCACUAAUAUGAUCUCGUCCCUUGAAGUUGCCUACGAAGUGCUAAGUAUCCUCCGGUUGCCUAACGAAUGGCUAUUCUGAUCCUUCCCUUAUACUACUUGCCCCUCUAUGGCAGGGACAGUCUUGUGAGGAACGAUGAUUCGACGACCCUUCAACCUCCAAAUAAAAGGACUUCCCUACCCACCUAUGGUAUGGAUAGACCCUUUCGCCCGAAAGACUUAAAGAACAUGAAAGACAAAAUUAGGGUAGGUAGUUCUUAAUUGCUUGCUCAAUACUUCAAAUUACUUUUCAUAAUCUCUUUUCAAAUCAAUUCAAAAAGGCCACGCUUACUUACAAGCUAAAGUCCUUAUUCAAAACAUCUUUUCUUCAAACAAUUUCAAACAAAACAAAGUGAGCUAAGCAAUUAAGAGCCCAUGGAUAACCAUGGAUGCAAACGGUGCUUUAAACCUUCCCUUUGUAUAAAUUACCCCCCCGAACUCAAAAUCUUUUUUAAAAGGUCUUUUUCUGUUCUUUUAGCCUUUCUGUUAAUUUGGAUAAAAUAAAAGUCGGUGGCGACUCUUGCUUACCGCGGUAUUUCGAUAAAGUCAGUUCACCGUAUUACAGUAUAUUUGUUUGCAUGCAUCAUACAUCAUAUGCAUUUUUUUAUCAUGUCUUAUCCACAGGUAAAAAAAAAGAAGAAUAAAAAAAUAAUAAUUCUUUUUGGUGAAUAUUCAGGAAAAUGAACACUAAGAAGACUAUUGUCCACCUUACUGUCUCAGUGCCUGAUAUCAAAAAGCUAAGGAUAACCAGGGACAAAAUGUCAUCAAAUGCUUUAAACAGGUUUGUGGGUCGCUACGGUGACAUUCUGGAUUUGCUCAAGGUUAAGGUUCAAGAGGAAGCUAUCACCGCUCUGGUUCAGUUCUAUGAUCCUCCGCUUAGAUGUUUCAGUUUUCAGGAUUUUCAGUUAGCUCCUACCUUGGAAGAGAUGGGUACUAUGCUUGGGUUUUCAAGGAUUAAAAAGGAGUUUUAUACAGGUGCUGGAAAGAAAGUUGAGAUUUCUGAUUUGGCCAAAGCCUUAGAAGUGCCCGUUGCGGAUUUAGAAUCUAACUACAAAACUGAUGGUAAUGUACAUGGGAUUAGGAGAACUUAUUUAGAAGCUCAAGCUAUGUCUUAUGCUCAAAAGAAACAAUGGGACAUUUGUGGAUAUUUUUUUGGCUCUUUUAAUUUUUUGUGUUAUUUUGUUGCCAAAGAAGGCAGAGUAUGUUGAUCACGGCGCUAUUCAUGUUUUCACAUCCUUCAGGAAUUCAAAUGAGGAUCCAACUCCUAGUAUUCUUGCUAAUAUUUAUUAUACCAUCCAUGAUCGAUAUGAAAAGAAAAGGGGAAUGAUAUUCUGUUGUGUUCAUUUAUUGUACUCUUGGUUGACUUCUCAUCUUUACAAAUGCAACUAUUUGAUCAAAGAUUUGACUAGGCAUGAAUGGUCUCAAAAAUUAAGGGCUCUCAAAGCGGAUUCUAUCUUUUGGUUUGCAAGGAAAUUGAACUCCGAUAGAAUUAUUUAAAAAUGUGGAGAAUUCAACAAUGUGCCUUUAAUGGGAACUUUAGGUUGUAUUAAUUAUAACCCCGUGUUAGCAUUGCGCCAAUUGGGUCAUUCUAUGGAUUGUGAGCCCUCCAAGCAACAAGUGGAGGAAUUGAUUUUACAUUACAACGGAAAAGGUGAUCCUAGGACAUUAAAGAAAAUAAUUCAAGAUCGGAAGCAUGUUAAAACAAAUAAUUUUGGGCCGAAGAAUGUUAUUGCUAAGGAACCUUACACUAAAUGGGUUCAAGAGAGAGUUGGAAAGAUUUUACUUCCUUUUGUUGUGGAUCCCACAUACAAGUCCGAUUCUCCUAAUCCUGUUUCUCUAUCCAUCAAAGAGAUAGAAGGAAUCAAGGCUGCCCUAGAGGCAUCCCGUAAGGAAAAGGAAAAAUUAGAGCUUGACAUACAUCGACUUUCCAACGAAAAGAGCCAACUACGCUUCAAUCUUAAAGAAAAGAACCAAGAGCUUUAAGCCACUAAGGAAGAAAAUGAUAGACAAAGGAGUAAAAGAAAGCGUGCAACCGAAGGAGUCCUAAGUGCUAACUUUAAUUUACUUGCACAUAAUGAAAGGUUAGAACAAGCGGGUGUGGAAAUUGCAAGGUGGAGAAGGCGUUAUGAAAAGGCUUCCCAUGAUAAAGAGGAAUCCGAGAAAAAUCUAGAAGUUGUGGUCUUUGAAUUAACUGAUAGGACUAAAGAUCAAGAGGUGGAAAUAAGGAAUCUCAAUUUUGACCUUCAAGAAGCCCGCAAUUCUGGACAAGAGGAACGCACAAGGAGAUUGACUACGGAGGAAGCACUUUUACAGCGCACCGGGGAGUAUAAUAGAGCACUUCUAGCUAUGGCCUCACAUAAGCAAGUAUUCAUAAGGCAAAGGGAGAUAUUUGAGGAGGCAAGGGAUGAAAGGGACUAUUGGAGAAGACAAUAUACAAUUGUUUCCACGGUGAAUGUGCAUGUGAGCAUGGUUCCUAAAAUGCUUGAAGAUUAUAAGAAAUGUCGUGAUAAUUAUAACAAGCUAGUCUUCUUAUGCAACGACUUAAUCCAAGACAUUCCGAAGAGUUUGGAAAGAGCAGAAUCAUCCCCCAUCAUCCUUCCCGAAGUAGUGAAGGAAUUCAUGGAGCUUUGUAGAGACAUGGUGGACAAGUUCAAGGAGGAUAUUCAUAGGCGUUCUUAGUCAUUUAUAGUUUUUUAACUUUAAUUUUGGAAGUUUAAUUUCUUUUGAUGUUUAUUUCCUUUUGCAAUAUGAACAAUUUAAAUUGUAUUUCUUUUCAAGUAUUUUGAAUUAAUGAAGUGUGUUUAUUUCCGCAUUAUCCAUUUUUUUUGCAGUUAUUCACCAAAAAGGAUUAUUCAAAAAAAAGGUUUUACUACAAAAAAUUAAUAAAAUAUAUAUAUAUAUAUAUAUAUAUAUAUAUAUAUAUAUAUAUAUAUAUAUACUAUGUAGAUAAGACAUGGACAUAGCAUAAGCAUAACAUUCAUAUCAUGCAUAUCAUAUUUAUUUUCAAAGCAUUAAAAAGAAAAACUAUCUUUAUAUCCAGUCACACCAUUGGAGAAGACAACCAAGCAACCGCACCACCAUAUCAAACCCGGUCUCAGAAGAAGAAAGCAAUGGAACAACUAGAGCAGAAUCAAGCCGCCCUUCACGAAGAAGUAACCCAAUUGAAAGGUACUGUGGAGGAGAUUAAGGGAGGAAUGACUCAGAUGCUAAGUUUCAUGAAAGACCUCAUGGACAAACAAGAAAAGGCUAAGGAAGUUCAUGGUCAGUAUGAAGAAAUACCGGACGAUGGCAACCCGUUGUUAGGAUUUGUUCGAGGCUUUGACCCUCACAAGUCAAAUGCCCACUCCUCUAAGAGAAUCAUCAAAAUCCAGGAAGAGGGAGAAGCUUCCCAUGAGUGAUUCAUUCCAACUACUCAGAAGGAAGGGGUACCUCGCACUAUUCGCAUCCCUGCUAACAAUCCACCUAAGGAUGAGGACUACGUGGAUUUGCAAUAUGGGGAUGUGGAUGAAACAAAUCAGGGACCCUAGUAUAAGCAAACUCAAUUUGAUUCUGAAGAAAAAGCUAGGAAUAGCGGACAAAUCAAGGCGCUAGAAGAAAGGCUGAAAGCGGUAGAAGGAUAUGGCGUCUUUGACGUAGAUACUUAUGAAAUGAGCUUGGUACCAGAUUUGACUAUUCCCCAUAAGUUCAAGGUACCUAACUUUGAAAAAUAGAAAGGACUUACAUGCCCAAGAAGUCAUCUACGCAUGUACGUCAGGAAAAUGGCUGCUUAUGCCCACAAUCAAAAGCUAAUGAUGCAUUUCUUCCAAGACAGUCUAAGUGGGGCAUCUGUCGACUGGUACAUGCAAUUGGAAAAGACACAUAUCUGAAGCUGGAACGACCUUGAAAACACGUUCCUAAAACAAUACAAGUACAACCUGGAUAUGUCACCCAAUCGGAUGCAAUUGCAAAAUUUGUCACAGAAAAAGGAGGAAUCGUUCAAGGAAUAUGCCCACAGAUGGCGAGAGAUGACCUCCCGAGUCCAACCUCCUUUGUUGGAAAAAGAGCUGGUAGACAUGUUCAUGAGUACUUUGCAAGGACCAUACUACGAUAAGAUGAUCGAAAGUGUAUACUCAGGAUUCUCAGAUCUAGUGGUCAUCGGAGAAAGGAUUGAAAACGGAAUCAAAAAUGAGAAGAUACAAGGAGCAUCAUCUAAUUCUUAUCACUCAAAGAGGCCCACCUCAACCUUCGCUAAAAAGAAGGAAGGGGAGACCAAUACAGUAGUGCACCAAGAAUCUAAACCUCCUAUGUCAUUCCCACCUCAACAAAACAGGUUCCAAGGCCCUCCAAGGAAAUUCGAUCCUUUGCCCACUUCCAGAAAUGAAAUACUGAAAUACUUGAUGAGCGAGUCAUUGGUAGAGCAUAAACCUAUGCCACCUCCGCUUCCCGGAAAGGCUUCACCCAGAUUCAACCCUAAUGAAAGGUGCGAAUAUCAUGCUAAUUCUCCCGGACACAAAUUGGAAAAAUGCUGGGCUUUCAAACACAAGGUUUAAGAUUUGGUAGAGUCAGGGGCAAUUGCCUUUGACAAACCUAAUGUGAAGACGAAUCCCAUGCCUCAUCACGAUGGCACAGUCAAUGCAAUCGAGGUCGUCACUAAGUAAGAGUUAGUUCAACAACGGAGCUCCCCCAUAGAUGCCCUUAAGAGGUAUCUAUUCGCAAAGCGGUUCAUCCUAGAACAUAACGAAGCUUUUAAGGACACUCUGCAGAGGCUCAUGGAUCAAGGACUGAUUCAGCGGAAAGAACAUCCUGAAGAGGAAUAUGUGACUAUGCUAGACAGAAGGAGCCGUUGAUAAUACCCACUCAAGGGGCAAGGAAGCCCUUAAUUAUCCCCUGUUCUAAGGCACCAUUGAUUACACCCACACAAGGGCACACUAGGAUCAUCCCGAUCAGAGCUCCAUACCCUGUGGACAAAAUGAAAGCAGUUCCUUGGGAAUACGAUUUUGGUACCAAUGCUGCCGUGUCAAACAUUGUUGGGCCUGGGGGCAUGACUCGUAGCGGUCGCAUAUUCAAAGCCACACAAUCUAAUGAAAACUUGGCGCAAGCCAGUAAUCAAACUGCUGCAACACCAACUGUAGAAGGCAUACCCAAGGAUAAGGGAGCCACUGACAAGGAUGCUGAGGAAUUUCUAGCUCUGAUCAAGAAAAGUGAUUAUAGGGUGGUGGAUCAGUUACAACAUACACAGUCUAAAAUAUCACUCCUCUCACUAUUGGUACACUCCGAGAAGCAUCGAGAUGCCUUGAUGAAGAUCCUGAAUGCUGCCCAUGUGACUAAAGACAUCACCGUAAAUCAGUUCGAUGGAAUGGUGGCUAAUCUAACUGCUGGGGCAUUUCUAGGGUUUAGUGAUCAUGAGUUACCUCCACAAGGAAAAGAGCACAACAAAGCCUUGCACAUCUUGAUACAAUGUGGGAAAGCUCAUCUAUCUAGGGUUCUGAUUGAUACAGGUUCGUCACUAAACGUGAUGCCAAAAGCUACCCUCGAUAAAAUAGCUUUGGAAGGCCUAGUGGUUAGACCAAGUCGUCUGGUGGUUAAAGCUUUCGAUGGGUCACAAAGCCUAGUGUUCGGAGAAGUAGACCUCCCUAUUGUAGUGGGUCCUCACAUUUUAUGCAUCAAUUUCCAAGUAAUGGAGAUUGAACCAGCUUAUACUUGCUUAUUAGGGCGUCCUUGGAUUCACGCAGCAGGGGCAGUUACCUCUACCCUCCAUCAGAAGAUAAAAUUUGUGGAUGGGAACUCUAUAGUAACCGUCAAUGGGGAGGAGGAUAUAUUUGUUAGCAACCUGGACUCGUACCGAUACAUCGAGGUCGGAGAAGGGGGAUUAGAAACUGCAUUCCAAGCGCUAGAAAUUGCAACUGCUAUCACAUUACCUGUAGAGAAGAUACGAAGGGCGGUAACAUCCUAGAGAGACCUGCAAGACUUGAAUGUAGGAGGCUGGGGCAAAGUACCUGAAAUCCGAGAGAAGAAGGAUCGCCUGGGGCUAGGAUAUCAACCGACAAAGAUCAUAAGUGCUGCGAAGGAGGAACAACGAUUCCCCCCGAUUAUGCAGACUUUCGUGACAGGCGGAUAUGAACACGUAGCUAUGAUAUCUAGCAUGGAUCCUAAGGAGGGAACGUCCAACUUCAUCCGAAUGAUCAGACCAGGAGAGCAGCUCCAGAAUUGGACAAGCCUGGAGAUACCGGAGAUAGUUUCUAUUUCGAAGUAAUUUGCUUUUGUCGUGUGUUUAAUUUCCCUUCAAUAAAGAAAAAAAACAAUUUCGCUCAUGCCUCGCCCGAAGCAUAGAGUUUGUUUGUAAGGACCCCAUUUACUUUCAAAGUUUAAGUUUAUUAAUAAAAUUGUCAUUUGCAUUUGGUAUUGAAAACAUUGUUCUUUCUUGAAUUUACUCUUUUGAAAUGACAAAUAAAUUUCUUGCAUAAAAAAAAGCACAACCAUAAGCUGCAUACUAAAAACAAAACAUAAAACAUGUGCAGAUCACUUCCUAACACUACCGAUAAUAAUACUGCUAAAACUCAAUAUAAACUCGAGGCUCUCGCUAAUCAGUCCGAAGAAGGAGAUGAGGAAGACGAUGAACUUCCGGAAGAACUGUUGAGGUUAAUGGAUAAGGAAUCCAAAAGCAUGCUCCCUCCUCGAGAAGCCAUUGAGAUCAUAAACUUGGGUACAGACAAGGAACCUAAGGAAAUCAAGAUUGGGGCAAUGUUGAAUGAGGACGUAAAGGCAACGCUGAUCAAACUUCUCCAUGAGUAUGCAUAAAUAUUUGCUUGGUCAUAUCGUGACAUGCAAGGGUUGGAUACAGAUAUCGUCGUGCACAGGUUACCGCUCAAAGAAGGUUGUGCACCUGUCAGACAAAAGUGCAGAAGAGUUCGACACGACAUGGAUAACAAAAUCCGAGAAGAGGUACUUAAACAAUUCGACGCAGGGUUUCUUGCCGUGGUUGACUAUCCACCAUGGAUCGCCAACAUAGUGCCAGUUCCUAAGAAAGACGGGAAGGUACGCAUGUGCGUAGAUUACAGGGAUUUAAACAAAGCAAGCCCGAAAGACGACUUUCCAUACCCCACAUAGAUAUACUGGUGGACAAUACAGCGCAAGCUUCGGUAUUCUCCUUCAUGGAUGGCUUCUCUGGGUAUAAUCAAAUCAAAAUGGCCCCCUAAGACAUGGAGAAAACAACCUUCAUGAAGUCCUGGGGCACCUUUUGUUACAAGGUAAUGCCUUUUGGACUACGAAAUGCAGGGGCAACAUAUCAACGAGCCAUGGUCACACAAUUCCAUGACAUGAUUCACAAGGAAGUCGAAGUGUAUGUGGAUGACAUGAUUGCUAAGUCCUAUACGGAAGAAGAGCAUAUUACGCACCUACAAAAGAUGUUCGAACGCUUAAAGAAGUUCAAACUGAGGUUGAACCCAAACAAAUGUACGUUUGGUGUAAGGUCAGGGAAACUAUUAGGAUUCAUUGUGAGCCAACGAGGCAUAGAGGUAGAUCCUGAUAAAGUCAAAGCUAUACAAGAAAUGCCUGUUCCAAGAACGGAAAAAGAGGUUUGUGGAUUCUUGGGUCGUUUGAAUUACAUCUCAAGGUUCAUCUCACAUCUCACAGCCACGUGUGAGCCUAUAUUUAAACUACUAAGAAAAGAUCAACCAGUCAAGUGGAAUGACGAUUGUCAGGUAGCUUUCGAGACUAUAAAGAGCUACUUACUAGAACCACCAAUACUUGUACCUCCCGUCCCAGGAAGGCCGUUGAUCAUGUAUCUCACAGUCCUCGAAAGGUCUAUGGGAUGUGUAAUAGGGCAACAAGAUGAAACAGGCAGAAAAGAGCAUGCUAUUUACUACCUCAGCAAGAAAUUCACGGAUUGCAAAUCUCGGUAUUCACCAUUGGUAAAGACAUUUGGCGCCCUAGCAUGGGUCUCCAAACGUCUACAGCAAUAUAUGCUGAACCAUUCCACAUGGUUAAUAUCGAGGAUGGAUCCUUUGAAAUACGUGUUCGAAAAACAGGCUCUCACGGGAAGAGUUGCUAGAUGACAAAUGUUACUGUCAGAAUACGACAUUCAAUACGUAACUCAAAAGGCAAUAAAAGGGAGUGUACUAGCAGAACACUUGGCUCAUCAACUCCUCGAAGAAUAUCAGUCUAUGUAGUUCGACUUCCCUGACGAGGAUAUUAUGUUAGUAAGAGACUACGAAAUACCAAGACCCGACGAAGGACCUGAACCAGGGGCAAUAUGGACGCUUAUGUUCGAUGGGGCCUCAAAUGCGCUGGGACAUGGUAUAGGGGCAGUCUUGACAUCUCCUGACAAUUGUCACUUACCUUUCACUGCGAGACUGUGUUUCGACUGCACCAACAAUAUUGCAGAAUACGAAGCGUGCAUAUUGGGGUUAGAAUCUAGAAUCGAUCUAAGGAUUAAGCUACUCGAGGUGUAUGGGGAUUCAGCACUAGUAAUCCACCAAGUCAAUAAAGAAUGGGAUACUCGAGAUGCAAAACUUAUUCCAUAUAGGGACCUUAUACUAGGUUUGAUGGCCGAGUUUGAGACAAUUACUUUCACUCAUAUCCCAAGGGAAGAGAAUCAAAUGGCAGAUGCAUUAGCGACACUCUACUUUAUGUUCAAAGUAACUUGGCCAAACCACGAACCACGGAUAACGGUUAGACACUGCUUAUUGUCUCACAAUUGUGGAACAACCUGACGACAAACCCUGGUACCACGAUAUCAAGAGAUACAUGAAAAAAAAAGAAUACCCAGAGAAUGCUUCCACAAUUGACAAAAAGACACUAAGGAGGUUGGCAUCCAAAUUCUUCCUAAGUGGGAAUAUCCUAUACAAACGAAAUUAUGACUCGGUGUUACUAAGGUGUGUGGAUAAAAACGAGGCCAAGGAGAGUAUCAGAGAAGUACACGAAGGGACCUUCGGAACUCAUGCAAAUGGACACUCAAUGGCAAGAAAAAUAUUACGAGCAGGGUACUACUAGUUAACAAUGGAAGCGGACUAUUUCCAAUAUGCAAGAACAUGUCACAAAUGCCAAAUAUACGCUGACAAAGUACACGUGCCGCCGAAUUCGUUGAACGUACCGAGUUCACCAUGGCCGUUUGCAAUGUGGGGGAUUGACAUGAUAGGGAUGAUCGAAUCGAAAGCCUCUAAUGGGCACCGAUUCAUAUUGGUUGCCAUAGAUUACUUCACCAAAUGGGUGGAAGCUGCCUCCUACACCAACGUGACAAGACAAGUGGUCACCCGGUUCAUCAAGCAUAACAUCAUAUGCUGAUAUGGGGUUCCAAAUAGGAUUAACACUGACAAUGGGUCGAAUUUAAAUAACAACAUGAUGAGGGAGCUGUGCGAGGAGUUCAAAAUCGAACACCACAAUUCUUCACCAUACAUGCCUAAGAUGAAUGGCGCUGUCGAAGCUGCAAAUAAGAACAUAAAAAAGAUAACACAAAAUAUGGUGAAAACAUACAAGGACUGGCAUGAAAUGCUUCGCUUCGCCCUACACGGUUACAGAACCUCGGUACGUACAUCCACAGGGGCAACGCCUUUCUCUUUGGUUUAUGGUAUGGAAGCAGUUCUCCCUAUCGAAGUAGAGAUUCCAUCACUAAGGGUCCUGGCUGACACAAAACUAGAAGAAUCGGAAUGGGUAAAAACUAGUUUUGAUCAGCUUAAUCUCGUUGAAGAAAAGCGACUGACGGCUUUGUGUCACGGGCAACUCUAUCAGAAAAGGAUGAAAAGGGCGUUCGAUAAAAA